AUGGCCGAGGAAGGCAUUGCUGCUGGAGGUGUAAUGGACAUGAACAUUGCUUUACAAGAGGUGCUCACGACCACCCUUAUCUACACCGGCCUUGUGCGUGACAUCCGUGAAGCCACCAAAGCCUUAGAAAGGCACCAAGCCCACCUCUGUGUGCUGCCAUCCAACUGUGAUGAGCCCAUGUAUGUCAAGUUGGUGGAGGUCCUGUGUGCCAAACACCAGAACAACCUGAUAAAAAUUGAUGACAACCAGAAACUUAGGGAUUGGGUAGGCUUCUGUAUAACUGACCAAGAGGGGAAACCCCGUAAAGUGGUUGGCUAA